GUGACUGGUGGUCGCAGCUUGACGGCAGUCGCAAUAUUGGAUGUAAUGUUGCUUUCACCAAAUGCAGAGCAGUAUCGGAAGCAGUCGUGAUUACGGAUUAUAUGUAUACAGACCGUGCAAUUUAAGACGAAAACGCAAACAACCAAUCAACUAUUAUGGGGUCACACUGUUUUCAUUGAUUGAGGCUUUUAUGCGACGUUCAAACGCUUAAAAUACCAAUACGACAAUGAUCGGAUAUAAUAUUUCAACGCCAGAAUUAUCAAUGACAAUUGGCGAUAUUGACAAACAGGACAUUGGCGCUUAUAAUGAGAGCCAGUUUCAAGUAUUUCUACCUGCGUUCAUCUUGCUAUGCGGUGUUUUAAUAAUCGGUACUCCAGGGAACAUCCUCGCAAUCUUUGUCUACAAGUGCAAAUUGCGAAAGCAUAUUGGACGCGAGUUCCUAAUCACAUUAUGUGUUUGUGACUUGCUAUCAUGCCUGUUGGUCGGAUCGUUUGAAAUGGACCUCAUGCGACAGGUCUUUGACUACGACCGAGAAUGGGUGUGCAAACUGUUUCGUUUUUUUUCGUAUUCCGUUAACAAUGUGUCCUCAAUAAUCUUGCUAGUAAUUGCAGUGGAAAGAUACCGUGUCAUUUGUUGUCCUUGGAAAGCAAAAUUUAGUUCACAGGCAAGCCGGCGAAUUUGUUAUUUAUGUGUUCUUGCGUCUACAGCAUAUGCCUCACCCAUGUUUAUUGUUUACGGAACACAGACUAUUCCUCUUCGAACAAAUAGCACACGUUCGGACAUAGAUAUUAUAGAUCAUAAAGAUCAUGUGUCAACAACCGAACGAUCCCCUACCGCUCCUUUAUUCGGAAAGACUUGUCAAAUGGAUGACGAUGUCAUCGAAACACAGUUCCCAUUAUAUAUUUCAAACAUGUACCUGAUUACAAUGUUAAUCGAGUUUAUUUUACUACUGUAUCUGUACAGCAGAAUUUCACUCACGUUAAUGCGCAGGCGCAAAGAGUCCAUGUGUCAACAGACCAACGCCUCCAAGCGUUGCGCCAACAAACGGGUGCGAAAAGUGACGUUGACAGCCAUUGUGCUCACGUUGUUCUUCGUGCUCUGCUAUCUACCAUGUCUAGUAACAUUCAGCAUAAGGAUAUGGAUGCCGAAGUAUUACUCAACGCUUUCCGUCUUUGGACAGCAAUUGUUCGAACUUAUGCUAAAAUUUUACCAAUUAGACUCAGCAGUGAAUCCUUUUAUAUAUUGUUUUUGCAACCAGGAGUUCAGAGGCGUGCUUUUGAAAUACUUACAGUGUCUGACAAAAGACAGUUCUCAAAGCAUGACAAGCAAAGAAGUUUAUGAACAAACUACGGACAAGAAACCUGCAUCUUUAAGGGUAAACAUCACGGAUAAUGACGGAAUAUCGAGCCCUGAAGCCAUACCUCUUACGUAGUACACAACUUAACAUGACACAUGCAUCGUGCACAGGAAUUGACAUAAGUUGAACAACUCCUCGAAGAAUGUUUAAUGAGAAUUUAAAACUAGGAAUGUUAAGAUCAUUUCCUCGGACAUUUUUGUAAAAAUAGGCAAUACUUUUCCUUUACUGCAUCAUGUUUUGUAUUUUAUAGAAGCAAUUUUAUUUCAAAUAUGUCCAGACAAUAUAUACGCCUCAUCAAUUAUAUUGACCAACGU